AUGGCUUGGCUGCGGCAAGAUGACUCCCAUGCGUGCUUGCCCCGAGUUACAUUCACAGACCAAAUUCUUCGCGCGACGAUGCCAGGCUUUUUCACUUCGCACAGCGUGAGCCUCCAUGGGCCGCCGGCUAUGCAGUCGUUUUCAAAACAGAAGUUGACGAAAGGCCACUUGAGGCUGCGGGCUGGAGUGUUGGCGAUCUGUGUGGCAUCUUCAUGGGGUAAAGAGCAGACAGACAUUCGCAAACUGUCGCUGAUGGUGCUGGGAUUCCACAGGGAGUGCCACGACCAUGGCUUGGCUUCGGCAAGAUGA